AUGUCAAGAGAAUGCCCGUCUUUGUGGCUUACUGUAACUGUCUUCUCAGUGAUUCUUGCUUUACAGGCCUUGGCUUCCACGGAUCCUCUUGACGUCAUGGCUCUUCAGGAUAUGUACAUGGCCCUGAAUAAUCCACCACAGCUUAAUAGCUGGAGAUUAGAAGGUGGCGAUCCAUGUGGUGAAUCAUGGACUGGAGUGUCCUGCUCUGGUUCAUCUGUAAUAUACCUAAAACUGAGUGGAUUGGAACUUGGCGGACAUCUUGGAAACAAACUCAGUAGUCUCCGUAAUUUGAAGCAUCUGGAUGUUAGCUCCAACAAUGUUGAGGGCGAAAUUCCAACUGAGUUACCUCCUAAUGCCACUCAUAUAAACAUGGCCAGUAACAAGUUGAGCCAAAACAUACCACAAUCUUUACCUACCUUGAAACGUAUCAGACAUCUAAAUCUAAGCCACAAUUUAUUAUCUGGACCCAUUGGUAACGUAUUUGCUGGCCUGCAGAAUCUGAAAGAAUUGGAUCUAUCGUACAACAAUUUUGAGGGAGAUCUCCCAAGUUCUUUUGGGUCUCUGAAAAGCCUUAGCGGACUGUUCUUGCAGAAUAAUAAAUUCACUGGAUCAGUUGUUUACCUUGCGGAUCUUCCCCUGACUGAGCUAAACAUCGAAGAUAAUGAUUUCAGUGGUGUUAUUCCAAAACAGUUUCAAUCAAUUCCAAAUUUAUAUUUUUGGGGUAACAAGUUCCAUGUCGACCCCAAAUCCCCACCAUGGGAUUUCCCUUUGGAUACUUUGCCCAUUAGGCAUAAUAUUAGCAGCCCCCCAACAUCUCAGUCAAGUGCAGUUGAGAACUUUCCGUCCAUCCGAGCAGGCAAACACAACAAUAAAGGGAUGAGCUCUGCAGGGAUAGCUUGCACAGUUGGUGGUGUAGCUCUUAUAGCAACCUGUGCGGCACUCUUCACUGCUAUCCGCAUCAGUCGGGCACGUAUACUAAGGCGUAAAAGCUUAGAAAAAUAUUCUUCUACUGCACCUGAAGAUAGCCCGCAGAUCCUGGCUGCCACCUCCCCAUUCUAUCUUGGUCCUAGGCGUAUGCCUCCUGUUCGCACUUUAAGAACGGAGACAACAUGUAGAAGAAGUUUCUCUACCACAUAUAAAUUGCCACCAAUUGCAAAACUUUACACUGUUGCAGAACUUCAAUCAGCUACAAAUAACUUCAGUGAAGAGAAACUUCUUGGACAGGGAUCACUUGGUUACGUAUACAAAGCCGAGUUUCCUGAUGGCCAAACUUUGGCUGUGAAGAACAUCAACAUGGUUUCUCUGUCUUUCCAAGAAGAAGAACAAUUCAUGGAUGUAAUUCGGAUGGUAUCCCAAUUGAGGCACCCAAACAUUGUAACACUUCUUGGCUAUUGUGUAGAACAUGGAGAGCAUCUUCUUGUGUAUGAGUUUGUCAGAAAUUUAUCUCUUGCUGAGGCUUUGCACAAUCAAGUGUUCAAUCCUCUUUCAUGGACCAUCCGUCUCCGUAUUGCCCUUGGCAUCGCCCGGGCUCUGAACUAUUUGCAUUCUUCAUUCUCGCCUCCUGUUGCUCACUGCAACAUUAAGGCUUCAAAUAUAUUACUCGAUGAAGAACUUAUGCCACGAAUCAGUGACUGUGGGAUAGCUAUUUUAAGGCCACUUACAAGCAACAGUGCAUCUGAACUUGCAAUCAAUCAAACCGGCUACAUUGCGCCUGAUAAUGUUGAACCAGGAAGUGAUAACACAAAGUGUGACAUAUACGCUUUUGGAGUUAUACUGCUGGAGCUAUUAACAGGAAGGAGACCUAUUGACUGUUCAAGAUCCAGGGGGGAGUUCAACUUAGUAACAUGGGCUUCAUCUCGGCUUCAUGACCGUGAGUAUUUGGAGCAGAUGGUGGAUCCUGGGAUCAAAGGAACCUUUCCCUCCAAAACUCUCUCCCAAUUUGCUGAUAUCAUCUCCCUGUGCAUUCUGCCUGAGAAAGAAUUCCGACCUCCAAUAUCUGAAAUCGUGGAGUCUCUAACUCGUUUGUGUCAAAGGUUCAGCUUGUACAAAAGCAAUUCAGUAGUAGAUGGCAUUGAAGUUGAUCCCUUCGAAAGGUCGUUCAUGUCGACACAUACCCGUUUCAUAAGCUCCCCUACAGUGAGCUAUCUGUCCGUCUGAUGUUGCAGCUGGUCGAUUCACAGGUACAAUAAGCAUCCUAUCAAUUUUACCAAAUUUUGUAAACUUGUAAUCACGUAAUACUGUAUCAGCAUCAUAGAACGAAGCAACCCUACCAGCAUUAUUAACCAUUCUUUCAUAUAGAUGAGAACCAUUAGGUUUCA